AUGAGAUUACCACAUGCCCCAGGACCCGGCUCAGCCAAUCAGCGCAGCGCCCUCUCAACAUUGAUAUCUCGCGCGCACUGUGGUAGCGUAAGAGCUUUCUUGUUGAAAACGGAGCUUUGAUUUUCAGUCAAACAUCAGUGAUAUUUCAUUGUUUGGAUUACUAAAUGAAAAUGUCGUUAGGUCUUGGAAAAAGGAUUGAACUGGAAAUGAGGGGUAGACCUGCUGAUAACGUAUGUAUCAAAUAUUCUUACAACUUUCUACAUAGAAUCUUGAAACUAUCUACACUAUCGUCCCUGGCGUGCACCGCUAUGCAUGAGCAUGGGACGAUGUUGCCUUACUAUUCUUUCUAUGGUGUAAAUGACUAAUGUGGUAUUAACCUUUAAUGUGAUAUAAUUUUGUUAAUGGAAAAAAAAUGUUCUCUAGUCCAUAUAUGUGUAGCCAUGAUCUGUGAAAUAAGUUGGGAAUGUUCAGUCUUAUUUAUCACCAUAAACAUGGCGCCUUUGACUCCCCUUUCAGUCCAGUUGUCGAUGCCUUUAAAUUUAAAACAAAUUAGUGAGCAUUCUUACAUUAAAGAUUGAAUUUAAAUAUUAUUUUACAAUACUUUAUUUUAUAAUAUAAAAUAUUUUGAAGUUAUUAUACAUGUGGGACACAAAAGUGAGAAGCGGUGUCAUGGCUGUGUUGUUGGAAUUGUUCGCUUUACUUUGUAGGCCGUCAUGUGCAGUGGAAUAAAAAUGUCGAUCUUUCCGUCUAAUCAGGCCACGAACUAUUUAAAUACCAACAAGUGAUUUCUUGUAAUACGAAAAAAUAAAUCUGCUUUUUUGAUAGUUACAGAAAGAAAAAAAAUAUAUUAAAACGACAUUUUAAUGAACGACAGCGUACCGCUUCUCAAUCAUCUAUGUAAACGCCGAUACUUGAAGGUGUGCAAGGGAGAUCAGCGUGUUUUCGAUCGUUCGCCAUUUCACAUUUGAGCGUCGACAGCAUAGUGCGCCAUCUUGAAAGUGAAUAGAUCUGUUGCUAUUCAGUAAUGCUAUAAAUAAAAUUAAGCUGUGGCUUAUCAUCUCUAGCAACAUAGUUUCCAACAAUGUGUUUUUAUUUAAUAAAUUGUAUGGUUAAGUCAUGAAUGUCAAGUACUAAAAAUCAGCUGGCGUUUGCAAGUCGUUCUGGCCCCAAUUCCCGCCAUGUUGGAUUUUUCCAGUAGGUCACAAUUCGCAAUAAAAUGGGUCGAGAGUUGUAAAUAUGAAGUUAACCAGUGAGAUCAAAUUUUUAUAGCUUAUGCGAGAAGGAUUUAAGCUUAACUAUUUUAAAACAAAAUAAUUAGUUUUUAUAUUGCUGAAUAGACAUGUCAAGUGUAUUACUAUAUACUAUUAUAGGUCUACAUGACAUCAUAGUCAUAGAUAUGGGGGGGGGGGGGGGGUGUCAUGAUGGUAAUCUGUUCAAGAAGCCUAUGGUUUCCAUGUUAUGAUGAGAUGCAUCCCCAUUUCAAUUGUAUCUUUACUUUAUUUACUUUUAGACUUACUAAAUUAUUUUUACCAUUAUUUGCAUUAUUAAAUAAAUAAGUUGUUACAUACUAAUUAACAACUAUUUUGUCUAUAACUACUAUAUAUGUCAAUCUUUUUCAUUUUAGAUUUUGGAUCUUAAUCUUGACAAUUGUCGUGCAAACAAAAUAGAAGGUCUGACCAGUGAAUUUACAAAUUUACAGACACUGAGUCUAAUAAAUUUGGGAUUGCAGAGCUUGGAAGGCUUUCCUAAGCUUGGUAACUUAAGAAAGGUAUAUAUUUUUUAUGCAAUAGGUUAUUUUAUAGUUUUUUUUUUACCCUGAGCCUUUACACUUAGACCAGGCUCUUUUUCUUUAAAAAAUUGAUUGCUGUAUUUCCCCUUGAUCUUUAUUUUCAGUUGGAGCUCAGUGACAAUAGAAUUUCUGGAGGUUUAAAUCACUUAACUGGCUGUCCUAACCUCACACAUCUUAGUCUCAGUGGAAAUAAAAUCAAAGACUUUGAUGUCUUGGAUCCACUAGUAAGUUUAAAACUUGUAAUUGGAAUGUUUCGUUAAAAGAGAAAAGUUUGGUUCCUAUUUUAAUUAGAGAACACACAUUGGUAAUAGGUAUGCAAAUCUGAAGCUAUAUAAUUUUUAGUAAUCUCAGUAAUUUCAUUAAGGAAAAUAAAAAAAAUUUCAGACAUCCUACAUAUUUAUGUUCAUAAUCCUGAGUUUACAUAGCAGAGUCCAUGCUUAAUUGUACAGAUUUAACUAUUAUGGGUUGUUACAUUAGUUGUUUUAUUACCACUAUGCAGAAAGAUCUCCAUUUCUUGAGAAGCCUUGACCUAUUUAACUGUGAAGUGACCAAUAAUGAACAAUACAGAGAGAAGGUCUUUGCCAAGUUGUCACAGAUCACCUACCUUGAUGGAUUUGACAGAGAAGAGAAGGAACAAGAAGAUGUGGAUGGUAAGUCUGAAUUUUGAUACAUUAAUGGUAAUUUAGGUAUGAAUUAAUUUUUAGCUGUUGCGGAUAAAGUUUCAGCCUAAUGUUGGAGUUUCUGUUGCUUUCAAACCAAUCUGAUAUUUCUAUAUCUCUACUUUAUAUGAUGAAGAAAGGCCAUAAAAUAAUUUUGAUUUUUUUAGUUCCAUGGGUGGGCACAUUUGUGUCUUAUGAAUUAUUAGAUUCUUUGUCAUGAAUAAUAUCUCUUGAAUCAAAAUAUGUGCAAUAAAAGGGAAUAUCCUGAUUUUAAGUCAAAAACGCUUAAUACUGAUUAAAGAAUAGUAUUAUUAUAAGGUAACUAAUACCUUUUAAAAUUGACAGUUUAAAAAGAUUUGUCAUGUACACAUUUCGUUUAUUGGGAAGGGAUUUAACUGACAUUAUCAUUCAUCACAGUUAAAAGUAUAAUUUCAGGCCUUCCAAACUCUUAGUUGUACAUUUUAUAAGUUUAUUUUUUGGUUUAUUUGUUCUUGUCACAAUUAAUAAAUAUUUUUAAGAAUAAAUCAUUUAAAAUGUAUUCCCUUUUUGUUUCUGUUCAAAUACGUUAUUUGUAUAAUAAUUAACUAUAUACAACUUGUACCGGUAUCAAUAAUGCAAAAUUCACACUUGCCACAUACAAUUUUCUUUCUUUAAUAGUUGUAAUAAUUGUUAAUUAUCAUUUUUCAUCCUCUUUUCCGGAGUACUAAGAUUUUUUGACAUGGUUUAAUCACAUUGAUAAAUUUAAAAAUAUAUUCUAUUACAAUUCACAUUUUACAAAUACAUUUUUCUUGGAUAUAGAAUUUGAAUUCUCUUCUCACUGUGCUUAAGCGCUUUUUUCAAAUGGUUUUUCCGUUUUAUUUUCAGGUGAGGAGGAAGAGGAUGAUGAUGAUGAUGAAGGUAAGUGAUAGUUUUAAAUAGACUUUCUUUUGUUUAGAACCUUUUUUCAUUUGUUAAAAAAGUACCUAAAAUUUAAAAAAAAACAACUUUGAUUUGUUUUUAACUUAUGAAUAGUUCAUUUUGACAGAUGUAAAUCUUUUUUAUCAACAGUUGUUGAUGAGAUAGAGGAUGAUGAUGAAGAUGACGAUGGCGAGGAGGAAGAGGUUGGUCUGUCAUACCUGACAAAGAACAUUGAUGUUAGUUCACUAAACAUGAUCACUAUUAUCAUUGUUUGAAUGUCAAAGAUAAUGAAAUACAUUUGCUUUCUAUUCUACACAGUAUAGUUUUCAAAAAGUUAAAUUGCUUUCUCAAAGAAUGUUAAAAUCUCAAAUUUCAAUGAUUUGAUGAAUCUUUGAUUUAAUGCUGUAGAAACUGAAUUUUAAAUUGCAUUUGAACUAAAGUGCACAUUAUUUAGACAUGUCUUAACAUGAUUCGACAUAAUAUCUAUAUUUAAAUUUUUCCCCUUUAAAAGGGUGGAUUUUUUUUUUAUAUUAUACAGUAAUUUUUAUAAACUGCAAAAUUUGUUACAUGAGUGGUUCUCAAGUUUAAAUAUUAAUUUCAUAACAUGUAUGAAGAAACAUAAUGGCCCAUUCUGCUUUGUUGUGAAUUGAAUAUUUUUACUUUGAUUAUAGAAAUGGAUGAAUUUCAAAUAUUCUGGUUCUGUUUGAGAACCUCAUAAUUAAAUCAUAUAAUUUUUGUGUGUGAAGUAUUAGUUUUAUUUAUUGGAACUUGCUUAAAAAACAUUAAUUUUUUUUGUGUUCUAUUUCUGUAUAACUAACAUUUCUUUUGGUACCUUGCAUUGGUUUAAUCUUAUAUUUGAAUUUUAUAUUCAUUAUUUACAGGAUGAAGAUGAGGAUGAAGAAGAUUUUGAGCCAGGAGAUGAUGAUGACGACGAUGAUGACCAGGUUGUUGAGGGAGGAGAGGAGGAAGAAGAUGAUGAUGAUGAGGAUGCUCCAGCAGCUGAGGAAGAUGGAGGUAAGGAUAUUUUGUUUAACCUGUACUUGAAAGAAAUUAAAACCUUCAUCUUUGAUCCCCAUAUUUUGCAAUCAAUUGUUUUAUUAAAAUAAGUUCUGUUCAUUUGGGGAGGCCAUUCUUAAAUAUUUAUUGCAAUAUCAUUUAAAGGAUGGCGUAAAUGAGCUUUUUCACUAAAAAGUUGAAUCAAAGUUUUGGGGGUUAUAGGGCUGAGUUCAUUUUUUCCCCCACACUGUAAACCAAAUAAUUAAAUUGAAGCAAUUCAGUAAGAUCAACAGAAGGUUAAGUCCCAUGUUAAAUGAGUUUUUCCCAGUUCCUGUUUUGUUGUUUGGUAAAGGCUCUUAGGUUUUGUCCUAAAUUUUUAUUUUUAAUAGCAAGUUUAGCAUUUUAAAUUGACUUUCUACAUUAAUUACACUAUGCUGAUAAUCCUUUUUUUAAUUCAGAUGAAGAUGAGGAUGAAGACGAAGAGGGUGAGGAGGAAGGUGAAGAGGAAGGAGAAGGAGCAAGAGGGACAAAAAGGAAACAUGAAGAAGAAGAAGAGGGCGCUGAAGAAGAGGAUGAAGAUGAUGCAUAGUCUCUGUUUCCUGUUUGUUCGUCUGUAUGUUUGGGUGAGAUAUUGGACAUCAUUGUACAUAAUGCAUAAAAGGUUUGGGAAUGAAAUGAGUGUGGAUAGGAUUUUUGAGGGCAAAUUUUAUCCUGGACAUUUGAUGGACACUCAAUUUUUAUAAAUAUGACUGAUUUGAUAUGGUCCAUUAUUUUCAUCUGUUGAUUCCAAAGAUGGCUUCAUGUCUACUGAAGUCAAUGCAUGAGCAACUCAUGUGACCAUUGGCACAUGUAUAUUUUUAAUAAUGCUUUCAAAUCUGCAAUUUGAAUAAUUCCAUGUUUUUUUUUUUUUCUUUUUGAUUUUAAUUCUAUUGUAACUGGUGUAUUCGAUUCUUUCAUUUUUCAUGUUCAUUUAUAAUUUGACCUAAUUAAGUGUAGGUUUUAAUUAUGUUUUUAUAAUUUUUUUUAAUUUGGUAUGAUGUGACAUAAUGUAUAUUUUUAAUAAUGUUUUCAAAUCUGUAAUUUGAAUAAUUCCAUUUUUUUUUUUUUUCUUUUUGAUUUUAAUUCUAUUGUAACUGGUGCAUUCGAUUCUGUCAUUUUUCAUGUUCACAUAAAAUGUGACCUAAUUAAGUGUAGGUUUUAAUUAUGUUUUGAUAAUUGUUUUAAAUUGGGUAUGAUGUGACAUAGAUGAGCUUUCCAAACUUUUUGACUAAUUUUCCUUUAAAUCACAACCUGUAGCCUAAGUAAUUUAAGAAAAAAUUUUCAAAAACGGUGUAGUGUUUCUUUUAAGACCUAUCUCUUAGGCAUAUAUUUUGGUUCCUCUCAUGGAAGCUCUUACUUUAUGCAUGUGCCAUAUGUAAGAGGAAGAUUGAUGUGUAUAUUUCUGAAUUAAACCUGAUAUUGCUGCACUGAAUGUUGUUUGGAGUUUGAACCAUAUUAGUUUUAAAUUUAAUUUUGUUAAUUUGGACAUUUAAAAGAUGAUAGUUUAGAGAACUGACUAUUUCUUGUUUUGUCUCCUGUAGGAAUGUUGCAAGUUUUAUGAGACAGAUCUUUACACAUGUGUAGGAAAUAUGUACAUAAAAAUAAAUUGCUGUGUUUUAUUAUAUUAUUUUUUGGGGGUUUAUGCUCAUAUUUGUAAUAUCUGAUUAAAAAAAUAUUAAGCAGUCUAAUUAAAAAAAAAAAAUUCACAUACAUAAAGAGAGUGCCACAUGUCCUUCAAAGUCCUGUAUAUCCACAGAAUGUUGCCUGAGUGCAUGUUUGAUUUGUAUGCUUGUUGACCAGUACUACAAGUUGAUUAUUGUAUUAUGAUGCAUCCCCCCCAUAUCGCCAAGCUCUGAGCUCUCACACAAUGGACUGGAGCAUAUUGGUUCAUUUAUAAAUCAUCAUUCAUUUUUUGAUCACCAGUUGUUGUUUUUUUUAAACUUCCACCCAGAUUUUGAGGAAAUAGAAUGGUCUCAUAUAUUGCAUCUUUUUAUGUUUCUGGAAAUCAAUAAAUUUCAUUCAUAUAAUUAUGAA